AAAUUAGCCGCGGCGGCGCGUUCCGACCCAUUGUACCUAGCAAAUCGCAUUUCGUUUCGUUACACCGUCACACCUUUCACCCCUCUCUUCUUUCUCUCUGCAUAACUCCCAAACCUUCGCUCAGAACCGCAGAGGGCACUCGCUGCGAACCGGAUUGCAGUGUCAACUCCAACGAAGCUCUGCGGUGCGUCCUAGUCCGAUUCAAAUCCCACUAAUACACUUCUAUUCUCCGCUUGCUCCGAAACGACGACGUUCAGCUAUCUAUGCGACGGCGAUCGAGUGUUUAACUUAGGGUUUUUGGACGUCGCUUAGUUUCGCUCCAAUUUUCGUACUCAAUCUUCAAAGAUUUUGCUCUGUUAAUUCGUGACAAAAUUUGCAGUUGCAUCACAUCAUGGAGAAAGAUAGAGCUGGUGCGGGAGCGAUUGACAUAGACAAGACCACGAUGACGUUGGAACCGGAAAAGCCUACUGGUGGUGGACUCUAUGUUCCUGGCAAGGAUAGGGUGGUUUACGUCCCUCCAGAGAGAAAAUCUCGUUUAGGACUUGAUACCCUUGCCAUCGCAAAACGAGCAGAGUCUCAAAAUGAUGGGGGAUUCAAGGUGCCAAAAGAGAGAACCACUUCCAUUGCAGCAUCUGCAGAAGAUGAAGAUAGGUCCGAGUCAUCAGUUGUUGAAGAAAGUGGGCAUGAUAGGACUGUCACUACACGCAGGCACACUAAUAGGAGAUACCGUGAAGCGACCAGUGAAACAUCACAUGCAGGAAAGUUUGAGGAAAUGAAUCAUGUAGAUUGCAAGUUUGUGAGGAGAAAGUUCUACGACUACACUGAGCAUGAGAAGGAUCAUGUUAGGUGCAAGGCUGAGAGAGAGGUCUCAAACCUCUCCACAUUGGGUGUGAGGUGUUGCACUCAAUGUCAUUUGACGUCUAUUUUUCGAGGAAGUGAUGUCAAGUGUGGCCUAAUCUACACCGAUUGA